ACAAAUUCGAAUAGUUUCCAUUAAUACAAUUAACUUCAAAAUGUUGUACAUUUUUUUUAAGAAAAGUAAAAUAAUUAUUUUUUUAACGUGCCUAAUGGAUUUUACACCUAUUUCUAAUAAAUCUUUUGUCAAAACUUCAGGCACUACAGAGGAAUUUUCUUCGUUGCCAAAUUCAUACGAUGGGGAUAAUAAUAUAAGGCGACUUACGUUAUUUGAUAUACUGGAUGUUUCACACAUAAAAGAAUUAAAAAAAUAUUUCUAUUAUGAUGAAAAUUCUGAAAAAUGUCAUCCGUUGAACAAGAAUGAUUUUGUAGAAGCUAUUUGUUCCAUCACUAAUCAUGAAUCACUUGUAGAAGAAGCAAAAGAUUUUUUCGAAAAAGCUUGUGUCGAAGACCCUAAGUUAAAGAUAGAUGUAUUGACUUGGAAACAAAUUUUAGAUGAAAUUCGAUAUAUUGCGGCAAUAUCAGAACACUUUAAGGAAAAAAAUUUAUUUGAACAAAAUGUAUCAAUGUAUUUAAUGUCACACUGCAAACAUGAAGUUAUUAUUAAAGUCUUGAGUAUUGAAACAGAAGAGUCUUUUUGCUAUACGAUUAUUUCAAAAUUUGGUAAAAUCGGUAUAUAUGACGGUCGAUUAAAUCUUCUCAGAGAAUACGCGUUGCAAUUAUUUCAAUUCUCAGAUGAUUCAGUAAAGACAUCUCGCCGUCGUCGAAACACAUGGAUUAACGAUGCCAUCUAUAUGUCUGAUGCUCAGUUUAUAGCUUUAAUUACAUCGGACGGUGCUAUUCACUUCAUUGAUACGGUUUGCCUAAUUCACGUUCCUACCUUUAUAAUUACAGGCUUAAAAAAUACACCUACUAGCUUGGAAUACUGUGCUGGCAACACUUCCUUAUUAUUUGUUGGUGACGAUAAAGGAUAUAUAACUUAUUUGGAAUUUCAACAACCUUUAAGAUCCUUAUUCAAAAGGGAUCCUACAAAUAAGGUCGAUGUGUAUUUGUUCAAAGAAUUAUAUCUUCAAGAAAAAUGGGUAAAAGUUUACACAAGUAUUGAGCCAUUGCAUUCAGAUUAUGUUAAACAAAUAACAUAUUGUCAUGCUAAAAAAAGUAUACUGAGUUGUUGCUACAGCUCAAAAAGAUCUCUAGUUAUUAAACAUCUUUAUGACCAAUGGAGUCCGUACAUAUUUAAUAUAAAAAAUGGAGUACGUUGUUUUAAUUACAGCGAACAGUUAAAAUUAUUGGUAACUGGAUGUUCAACAACCAUUUACGUCUGGAAUCCAGUAGUAACUAAUAAACAUAUGGCUAUACUAAAUGGACACAAUAAAAAAGUAGUAGACGUAAGAAUUUUGGAACAUUUAAAUGCCAUAAUCAGUAUUUCCAAAGAUGAGGUAUUUAAAAUUUGGGACCUGAACAGUUAUUUGUGUUUACAAACAAUAGAAUUCGAUUUUCCAGUGAAUAGUGUAUUGAAGAAGGUCGUAGAAUUUAGUUUGAGAAGUUUUUAUCCAGGACCUAUAACUAAGCAACCCCCCGAAGAACAACAGGCUUCGUUAAAAUCAAUAGAUGUUAGUAAUAUAACUAGCCUACCAACUAGUAGUUAUUUACCAAAAGAAAAUUGGGUUUCUAAUGUCUUACUAGUUGCGUGUUCUAACUUUAUAGCGAUACUUCAAUUAUCUUUGAAAGAAACCUUUCAAAAACGGUCACCAUUAUCUCCACCUCUUGAAGAAAAAAAACCAGCACUACCUUCGGAAUGGAGUUUCAGUGACAUUGAGUUUAUAAACAUUGAAGACGUGAAUGAAGUACAUUUAAGUUCUCCAAAAAUUAAUAAUGAUUCCAUGAAAAAAAAUCUCAUUAAGGGUAGACCUAAAUUAAAUCAUGUAGCAUUUUGCAUAGAUCCAUUUAGAAAAUACAAUAAUCCCACAAUGAGAAAUUAUGUAGAAGAAAUGGUAAAAAACGGUACACCUCAUUUAGCUAUGCACUUAUGUUCAGUGAACAAAUUAGAGCUAUCUAAAGAUUUAAUAUUAUCUGAAACAGUAAAAGCUAAGUUUCCUUAUUUGAAUAAAAUUAAUGACUUACUUAAUGAUGGUGUCAUAUAUGAUAGUAAAUUAUCACUUCCGAUAAAAAAAAUGAUACCUAAUCAAGUGAUCACCCUAGAAAAACUUAUGAAUGAAAUUAAUUCAUUAGAAUUUGAAGACAACGAUAAUUUUGAAGAAAAAAUACAACAUUUUAUUUAAUAUAAAAAAUA